CAGUCUGCCGUCCCCACGUGGCCGCUUGAUCCCUGACUGUGCUGCUCAACUCCCCACCCCCCACGCCAACUCCUGGUUGCAGUUGUGGGUUCCCCUUAGACCACGUGAGUGCUGUUUACAGGAGACGGAAGCACCCAGAGAAAGCAGACGCUUCUGGAAAACAACUUGUUUUGGAGCACAGAGUUCUGAAGUCCCUUCCAAUAAGAGCCUUUGUGUGGAAAGGAGCUGCCAAGACUGGAACUACAGCUGUCCUGCUGUAAAGGUUCUGGUACAGCAGCUUGUCUCAGCCGGUCUCCUUUUCGCCCUCCACACUGCUUUGCUUUCAGGCAUGCAGAAAGAUGAAGAUGUCUGCCUUGAGGCUGGCUACUGCUUGGGUACCACCCUGAGCUCCUGGAGGCUGCAUUUCAUGGAGGAGCAUUCCCAGUCCACCAUGCUGAUGGGGAUUGGAAUUGGCGCCCUCCUUACCCUGGCCUUCCUUGGUAUUUCCUUCUUUUUUGUGUACAGAAGAGUGAGCAGAUUACGACGAGCAGAACCCACUCCUCAGUACAGGUUCCGGAAGAGAGACAAAGUAAUGUUUUAUGGCCGGAAGAUCAUGAGGAAGGUGACCACACUCCCCCAUACCUUGGUUGGGAAUACCUCUGCACCCCGGCAGCGAGUCAGGAAGAGGACCAAAGUGCUGUCUUUGGCCAAGAGGAUUCUGCGCUUUAAGAAAGAGUAUCCUACUUUGCAGCCAAAAGAGCCCCCACCCUCCCUGCUUGAGGCUGAUCUUACAGAGUUUGAUGUGAAGAACUCUCAUCUGCCAUCAGAAGUUUUGUACAUGUUGAAAAAUGUUCGGGUUCUAGGUCACUUUGAGAAGCCACUAUUCCUGGAACUUUGCAAACAUAUGGUCUUUGUGCAGCUACAAGAAGGGGAGCACGUAUUCCAACCUGGGGAGCCUGACAUCAGCAUCUAUGUGGUUCAGGAUGGACGGCUGGAGGUCUGCAUCCAAGACGCUGAUGGCACCGAGGUGGUGGUCAAAGAGGUCCUGCCAGGGGACAGUGUCCACAGUCUCCUCAGCAUUUUGGAUGUGAUCACCGGUCACACUGCACCAUACAAAACAGUUUCUGCCCGUGCCGCUACCUCGUCCACCGUGCUCUGGCUUCCUGCAGCAGCUUUUCAAGGCGUGUUUGAGAAAUACCCUGAAACUCUAGUCAGGGUUGUGCAGAUCAUCAUGGUACGGCUGCAGCGGGUGACUUUCCUGGCUCUGCACAACUACCUGGGACUGACUACAGAGCUCUUCAACCCUGAGAGCCAAGCCAUCCCUCUCUUGUCAGUAGCAAGUGUGGCUGGACGAGCUAAGAGGCAGAUGUCAUGUGGUCCAGAAGAGCAGCUUGAGAGGUCCCUAGGGCCCUCGGAGUUCAGCAGCUCAGAUCGUGGGAGCAGCUGCGUGACAGUCUCUGGGCCUGUGCUGAAGAGGAGCUGCUCAGUACCUCUGCCUUCCAUCCAUGGGGAGAUAGAUGAGCUCAGGCAGUCCCAGGGAAGUGGCUCUAACACUUCAGCCUUCCAAGAAAACCAUGAGGGGGCCACCUCAGACCUGGGGAUGGCAUACAACCGUGCCAGGAUUUUGCCACACUCUGAUGAGCAACUUGGGAACUCUUUGGCCAGCAAGUCCAAGAAAAGUGCUGUUGCAGAGACCCCCUCUGCCAUCUUCCACUACUCAGAGAAUUUCAGGGAUGAGACUGGGGCCUGUGGGAAGACAGAUGCUAUCUUCAGAGCUGCCACAAAGGACCUCCUUACCCUGAUGAAGCUAGAUGAUGUCAAUAUUCUGUUUGUGGUCUCGGGGAUGCUGCAUGUGUACCAGCAAAAGAUUGACAGCUUGGAGGAUACUUGCCUGUUCCUCACCCAUCCUGGGGAGAUGGUGGGCCAGCUGGCGGUGCUCACUGGAGAGCCCCUAAUGUUCACCAUCAGAGCCAACCGAGACUGCAGCUUUUUGUCCAUCUCGAAGGCCCACUUCUACGAGAUCAUGAGGGAACGGCCAGAUGUUGUCCUGGGCGUGGCACACACAGUUGUGAAGAGGAUGUCAUCCUUUGUACGGCAAAUUGAUUUUGCUCUAGACUGGAUGGAAGUAGAGGCUGGACGUGCCAUAUACAGGCAAGGAGACAAGUCAGACUGCACAUACAUCGUCCUCAGUGGCAGGCUGCGCUCUGUGAUCCGAAAAGAUGAUGGGAAGAAACGCCUGGCAGGGGAAUAUGGCCGAGGAGACCUUGUUGGUGUGGUGGAGACACUAACCCACCAGGCCAGAGCAACCACAGUGCAUGCCGUCCGGGACUCAGAACUGGCCAAGCUACCAGCAGGAGCUCUGACAUCUAUCAAGCGCAGGUACCCACAGGUUGUAACCCGACUGAUUCAUCUCUUGGGUGAGAAGAUCUUAGGCAGUCUCCAGCAGGGAUCCGCAACAGGUCACCAGCUUGGAUUUAACACAGCAAGCAGCAAAUGGGACUUGGGGAACCCACCUGGCAAUCUUUCCACGGUGGCAGCACUGCCUGCUUCUGAGGAUGUGCCCCUAACCGCCUUUGCUCUGGAGCUCCAACAUGCCCUCAGUGCCAUCGGUCCUGUCCUGCUGCUGACCAGUGACAACAUCAAACAACGCCUGGGUUCUGCUGCUCUAGACAGCAUCCAUGAGUACCGGCUCUCCAGUUGGCUGGGGCAGCAGGAGGACAUCCACCGGAUUGUGCUGUAUCAAGCAGACGGCACACUCACACCUUGGACCCAGCGCUGUAUCCGGCAGGCUGAUUGCAUCCUCAUUGUGGGCUUGGGUGAGCAAGAGCCGGCAGUAGGUGAGCUGGAGAAGAUGUUGGAGAGCACAGCUGUGCGUGCCCAGAAGCAACUAAUCUUGCUGCACAAACAGGAGGGUCCAGUGCCUUCCCGCACAGUGGAGUGGCUCAACAUGCGAAGUUGGUGUUCUGCCCAUUUGCACCUCUGCUGCCCACGCCGUGUCUUCUCUAAGAGGAGCUUGCCCAAGUUGGUUGAGAUGUACACACGUGUUUUCCAACGACCACCAGACCGUCAUUCUGACUUUUCCCGCCUGGCCCGGAUGCUGACAGGCAAUGCCAUUGCCUUGGUGCUUGGAGGGGGUGGAGCCAGAGGGUGUGCCCAGGUGGGCAUCCUCAGGGCACUAGCAGAGUGUGGCGUCCCCGUGGACAUAAUCGGAGGCACGUCCAUCGGGGCUUUCAUGGGUGCUCUGUUUGCUGAGGAGCGGAGCUACAGCCAGACACGGAUUCGGGCCAAGCAGUGGGCAGAGGGUAUGACAUCAAUGAUGAAGACUAUACUGGACCUGACCUACCCAAUCACAUCUAUGUUCUCUGGCACUGGCUUCAAUAGCAGCAUCAGUAACAUCUUCAAAGACCGGCAGAUUGAGGACCUGUGGCUCCCCUACUUUGCCAUCACCACCGACAUCACAGCCUCUGCCAUGCGGGUUCACACAGAUGGCUCUCUGUGGAGGUAUGUCCGUGCAAGCAUGUCCUUAUCAGGCUAUAUGCCCCCACUCUGCGACCCCAAGGAUGGACACCUGCUGAUGGAUGGUGGUUACAUCAACAACCUCCCAGCGGAUGUGGCAAGAUCCAUGGGGGCAAAGGUUGUGAUUGCCAUCGAUGUUGGCAGCCGGGAUGAGACGGACCUCACCAACUAUGGUGAUGCCUUGUCCGGAUGGUGGCUGCUGUGGAAACGCUGGAACCCCUUGGCUACAAAAGUCAAGGUGCUGAACAUGGCAGAGAUUCAGACUCGACUGGCCUAUGUGUGCUGCGUCCGGCAGCUGGAGAUGGUGAAGAACAGUGACUACUGUGAGUACCUGAGGCCUCCCAUCGACAGUUACCGCACCCUGGACUUCGGCAAGUUUGAUGAGAUCUGUGAAGUUGGGUAUCAACAUGGGCGGACAGUGUUUGACAUCUGGGUUCGGAGUGGUGUCCUAGAGAAGAUGUUGCAGGACCAGCAGGGGACAAGCAAGAGGAAGGACUGUGGGGUGUUCACCUGCCCCAAUUCCUCCUUCACGGACCUUGCUGAGAUCGUGUCACGGAUUGAGCCGGCCAAGGUGGCUGCAGUGGAUGAUGAGUCUGACUAUCAAACAGAGUAUGAGGAGGAGCUGCCAGUCAUCCCCAAGGAAACGUACGCUGACUUCCAGAGCACUGGGAUUGAGCUAGACUCUGACUCGGAAACUGAGCCUCCGGUGUUGCAAGGACCUCCCAGCUUGACUUCCCCAGAACAGUCCCAGGACUCCUUCCCUUGACUCCCUAAUCAAGAUGACCGGGGGCCAAGACUGUAACAUCCUUCCUGAUUGGAUUAACACAAUAAAACACCCGGGCCUCACCCUUAGACUGAGGCUGCACCCAUUCCUUAGAGGCUACUUCAGUUGCCUGACAAGAUCAAACUGGGUGAUACAGCCAUCUGGUUUCUUCCAGAGACAUGGGCUGUGUUACUGGAGUCGCAGUCCCCUUCACUUCCCUGGCACCCUUAUAUCCCCACAGCAAUACUGAGGAGCACUGAAGCCUCUGUGAGGCAUGGGGAUGUGGGAUUGAUGUACUAAUAAAUGUCAAUCUGAC